UCUGCUCCGAUUCUUUAUUCUAUUAGACUUCUCCACGGGAGAGACAAAAGCAGGCGGGAAAGGCGCGUUUUGUUACCACGCUAUGUGCCCUGUCGGAUUGAAGAGCUCGGUAAAUGAAGCCCGCGGAAUCGAAGCCACUCCUCUGUGACGCUCACGGACGUUGUUGUGUAGGUGCGAGAGUUAUAUGAGUUUUGUCGAGGGGAGUGCCAAGUGUGUUGUGCAUGGGGAUCCUACAUGAACGGCCGGUCAUGUCGGCGCCCUGCCGUUGUGUGUCGGCAAACAUACUUAGGAUGAUGUUUGGGGCAUUUGUUGACACGGCUGUUGGCGCCAUAUACUUUGCAUCAAAGUAAUCUACUGAAGUCUACAGCUGUACAGCGCGGAGUCCUCCCGAUGGCCAUUCGGUCCGGCGUCGAUUAUUGACAGUUUCUCUCUGGAGACGUAACCACUAGGCACAUGCCAGUGCACUGAAACAAAUCAUAAUGACGUUGCAGCAAAGGCAGUACAUGAAGUGGCACCCAGUCUGAAUUGUGAUUUGGAACACUGUGUGGAAAUAUCACCUGAGCCAGUGCAUCAACUGAACCACAUUAUGGAUAAAUCGGUUCAAGUGCGACUGCAAGCCUCUCAUAAAGAAUCACAAGCAAAUGAAGAAAAAAUUCUGUCAACAAUUGCUACGCAAACGGAACCUCAAGCUGUUCGUUCAGGACCCUUGUCUUCUGCGUCCCUAAAGCAGUCUUUGUCAGUGUCUCUACAAGAUCGACUGCAUUCCUGCCAGCAGUGCACCUAUGUGACCCUGGACAAGUCAGCUAUGGAUACACAUCUUAAAAAACAUCCUGUACGUCCCGUACAGUGCCGCUUGUGUCCAGCGGCAUUCACUUGCAAAUCCAAGCUGGCAUCGCACAUGCGGACCCACACAGGAGAGCGCCCCUUUUCCUGUGUCCAUUGUAAUGCAUCUUUUUCGAGCCGGAGCACCCUCAAUACCCACAUAAGCACUCACACAAAAGAGCGUCCCUUUUCCUGUGUCCAGUGCAAUGCAUCGUUUUCGCUGAAACGCAUCCUUUUAUCUCAUAUGCAAACUCACGCAACAGACCGUCCCUUCUUCUGUAAACAGUGCAAUGCAUCUUUUAAGCAUAAAUCCAAUGUUUAUGUACAUAUGCGCUCUCACAAGGGAGUGCGUCCCUUCUCUUGUGCCCACUGCAAUGCAACCUUUACCCAGAAACAUGACCUCGUGAGACACAUCCGCAUUCACACAGGAGAGCGUCCCUUUUCAUGUGAGCUCUGCAAUGCAUCCUUUAUUACUAAAUACUACCUUGUUCAGCACAUGCGAACUCACACAGGAGAGCGUCCCUUUAGCUGUGUCCACUGCAAUGCAACGUUUUCGCAGAAAAGCACCCUUAAUGGACAUUUGCGUUGUCACACAGGAGAGCGUCCCCACUCCUGUGUUUACUGCAAUGCAUCUUUUUCACGAAAAUACCACCUCACAAUGCAUGUGAUUAGUCUACAUGGAAAGAAGUCUUAAAUGUGAGGGGUGUAGGGUAGCGACCGUUGCCUUAUCCUGUGCUUGCUGCAGUGCAUCCUUUGUGCAGAAAUGCCACCUCGUGAAACACAUCUGCGCUCACACAGGAGAGCAUCCAUUUUCUCGUGUCCUUGUCUAUGCAUUGUUUUCGCAGAAAUACAGCCUUGUUAUACAUACAUGCUUUCACUCAGCAAAGGAUGCCGACCCUUGCAUCCCCUCCGAUGCACCUUUAUCACAAAAGCACCACCACACAAGGAAAGAAGCCACAAUGCGAGAGUUGUACGGGCUUCCCUUUAGAAAGGGUUUGUAUAGCAGGGAGUCAGAGUUUGUUGUUUAAAAGUUAGGAAGGAUGCUUAGUUCGGCAACUUUAAGAGAGAAUGGCACGAAGUUGUAGUAGAGAAAUGGAAUAGUGAAUGAAUAAAUAGAAUAGAAAGGCCAGUUCGCCAGAGGUUUUAAAACGGUAACAUGUACCUAUGUGGUCGAGUGGACUUAUAACGAUAUCGUUUAUUACGGUAUAUGAGAUA